AAGCGAGCGAACGUUAUCAUUACAGGUGAUAAGUCUGUACAAUUAACUUUUCCUUCUUAUAGUGUCUACAGUUAGUCUAAAACUAAUAUCGAAAUGAAUUUCGCCAAGUUUUUCUUGUUUUUCUUCGCUUGUCUCGUCGCUUUGUCGACGGUGAACGCAGCGCCUCGCUGGAAAGGAUGGAAGAAAAUUGAAAGAGUGGGCCAGCACAUUCGCGAUGGCAUCAUCAAGGCCGGUCCAGCCGUUGCAGUAGUCGGCUCAGCCUCGGCGAUUGCCGGAUGAUUUAAGUUACUUAAUUUAAAUUCCUCGUGCCAUUGUUUGUUAUGACCAGUGAGAUUCCUGUAAAUUAUUUUAAUGUUUGUAAAUAAUAA